AUGGAGGACUGUAAGCAGUGGCGAAAGGCUUUGAUUAUCAAAUUGCUAGGCAAGAUGAUUGCUCCUCGAUUUCUGAUGGCAAGGCUUCAGAGGCUAUGGAACUUGGUGAGUCCAUAUGAAUUAAUCGAUUUAGACGAUGGUUUUCUGUUGCUGCGUUUUCAGAAUGACAACGAUUACCGUCAUGUCCUGGAAGAAGGACCUUGGAUAGUGAAUGAUCAUUAUGUUGUGGUUCAACGAUGGAGGCCAUUCUUUGAUCCAUAUGAUGAUCAAGUUAAGAAGCUGAUAGUGUGGAUCAGGAUUCCUGGAUUACCUAUCGAACUGUAUACUGCACAUCAUCUUUGGAAGAUUGGCAACAUUUUUGGGAGGACUCUGAAGGUUAAUAGAAACUCUCUUCGUAAGAGUGACUCUGGCUUAGAGGUUAUCACUGAGAGAGCUCGUUUUGCCCGCAUAUGUGUGGAGGUGGAUUUGCGAAAGAGCUGUUUGUCAAAGUUUAAUAUAGGUGAAAAAAUUUACCAUGCAGGGUAUGAAGGCUUACAUUUGAUUUGUUUCAAAUGUGGGAUCUAUGGCCACAAAAAAGAUUUAUGCUCUGAUAUUGCUACUCAGGAGGAUCAGAAAGCUGUUGAAGGAGAUUCCCUUGCUAAAUCAGAUAACAGUAGUCCAGUUGAAGCCGAAGUAGAAGUGAAGCAGAAGGAAGCCUUUGGGGAAUGGAUGGUGAUUCAAAUGCAACCCAGGGGGAGGAAGUUGAAGGUUGUCCCUUCAAAGAUGAAGAAUGAAGAUGUGAGAGAGGGUACAUCAGGUGUCAAGAAGGUGGUGGCUAUGGAGAAGGUGGAAGCUGGGGCUGUGAAUGUUGUUAUUCCUAUGGAGGCUGAUCAGGUUAUCACCCAUGGUCCAGAGAUAGUGGCUAUGGAAUUAGGGGAUGUUAUAAAGCAUUCCAGUAACAUCCAAAAUACCUUGGGGGAUAGAAAUCACUCUGGUGAUCAGGGCAAUUUGAGGAAACCUAAAGUUGCUGAUGGCAAGGUCAGAGGUGUCCCUGUGAAAGGAAGUAAGGAGAAGGGAAUGAGUCUCACUAGUCCUUUGCAAAAGAAAGGUGGUGUGGAAAAUAAACCACCUAAUAUUGUUUCUAGCAGAUUGAAAAAGAGAGGGAAGCCCAGUUUAGAUCUGAAAGAAAGAUUGGAUGGGCUGACUAACCAGGUGGGUAGGAGAGGAAAAUGA